AUGAAUACACAUAUGGAUGACGAUUUAACGUAUUUGUACUCCCAACUUCAGAUCGCCUCCAUGGCAUUCGUGUUGCAACAUAGCGACGUUGAUUGGGCGUAUAACGUACAGCGCACAGAUAGUGCAGGCCUGGGUACGCGCAACGGAACAUUCUGGCCCAGAGGCCGCACACUCGGAGGUUCUGGUGCAAUUAAUUCGAUGAUGUACGUGCGAGGCAAUCGUCGCGAUUACGAACGAUGGAAGAACCUGGGCAAUCCCGAGUGGGGCUGGGAAGAUGUUUUGCCAUAUUUUCGAAAGUCCGAAAAUAUGAAUAUACCCCAUCUAGCGCGAGGUGCCGGUGCGAAGUAUCACCGAACGGGAGGAUACUUGAACGUGGAGCAACGUAUCGAUAACACGGCUCUGAACGGCGUUUUCAAACAAGCUACAAUCGAACUAGGAUACGAAUGGAUUGAAGAUUUCAAUCUUGACCGGCACAUUGGCUACGGUAGUUCCCAGCACACGAUGAUCGGACCGACGCGGUGCAGUCCGGCAAAGGCGUUCCUCACACCGAUUCGAACCCGUGAAAACUUACACGUCAUCAAACACGCUCUGGUUGGCCGGGUACUGAUAGAUGAGCGAAACGUCGCCACAGGGGUGAGCUUCGUUAUUGAUGGAAGUCAGCGUGUUUUGCAGGCGACCGCACGCCGAGAAGUCAUUGUAGCAGCAGGUGCCAUUAACACACCUCAGCUAUUGAUGUUGUCUGGAGUUGGACGUGCGGACGAGCUGCAACAGUUCGACAUUCCGGUCAAAGUCGACCUUAACGUUGGAGGCAACCUGCAGGACCACGUGGCGGUACCGUUGUUCUAUAAAUUUUAUAACUUGUCCGAUUCAAAUACUGAUGACCUGUUUGCUCAGAUGGAUGAGCUCUACAAAUAUGCUGUUCUAAAUCAAAGCCAGGCGAUCGUACGAGCUGGAAUUCUAGAUACAAUGGGGUUCCUCAAUACCAAAAAUGCCAGUGAUCCUUUUCCGGACCUACAGGUGAUAACCAUCGGACUGCCGAAAGGUGGUCGAUAUAGCGCGGUUCUCGCAAACAACUUCGAGCUCAGCGAAACUAUAAGCGCAUCCGUUCAAGAAGUAGAUCGUUUUACACCGGCACUACAUGUGCUCCUUACGGCACUCAAUCCGAAAUCACGAGGGCGGGUCAAGUUGGGGAGCACCAAACCGCGUGAUCAUCCAAUCAUAGAGGCAAAUUAUUUCGAAAAUAGCGAUGAUCUGAACGUAAUAGUACAGGGCAUUCGUCUCCAGCAAAGAUUGUUUCAAACUAAAACGUUCAAGACUGCAGGUGCCACACUGCACCGAAUCGAUAUUCCCGGCUGUAGAGACCAAGUGUACGACACGGACGAGUACUGGGAGUGCUAUGUGCGACAGUUGACCAUCACAACGUAUCAUCCGGUCGGAACGGCAAAAAUGGGUCCAGCAACUGAUCCCGACGCAGUUGUUGACUCGAGACUUCGCGUCAGAGGCGUUCGUGGUUUGCGAGUAGUCGAUGCCAGCAUUAUGCCACUGUUGGUUAGCGGCAAUACGAAUGCCCCCACCAUAAUGAUAGGAGAAUUGGCCUCUGAUUUCAUCAAACAUGAUCACGCUGAUCUUUAACAUGUUUGCGGCGAAUAUGUUUAAAAUUUUAAAGUUCAAAAUGUAAAAAAAAAACGAAUUUGAGUUUAGAAUAUUACACCAUAAUAUAUCCAUUCCUGUUCCAUUCCAAUC